GACGGACAAAGAGGACGGCAGAGGUACAAACUCUUUUACUGUGAGGAACUGGGACUUUUGAUCGUGACAGGCUAGCGGCUCCAUGCAGGGUAAUGUGACCAAUUGAAUCAUCCUCGCCCCGGAGCUGGAAGCUGCAAAACGGAGGAGCAGAGAGCGCCGUGCUCAGUCUGGCUCCUACACCAAGAAAACCUUUCUGGGGUAACAGUUUCUGCUCGGGAUUCCUCUGGGAUUUUACACACCGUCCUCCAAGGAACUAGUGGCACCCUUUCCGUCUGCCCCGGCCCCUUCACCCACUUGGCAGACCUCAGACCAGCUCUUAGGUGAAAAGGUCAGAGGGCCCCUGUUUAGCCCUGACUGCAGCUCUAGGAUUAUCCUGUGUUACCCUGCUUGAUAUCCACCAGCAACCAUGACAACCAAAUCGAACAGCAGUGUUCUGGGUGGCAAGGCUUCCUCCUCUCCUCUCUUGUCCUCCCCGCCCCGCCAACGCCUGGUCACCAAAGACGGACACUGUGCCCUCCGUCCACCGGUCUGCUCCUCGGGCUCAUGGCGCGGGGCCCUGGGCAGAGCCUGGGUGCUGGCACUGCAGGACCUGUGGGGAUUGUUGGUGGGUCUGCGCUGGAGAUGGGUCCUGCUGGCCUUCUGCGCCUCCUUCCUGGCCCACUGGCUGCUGUUUGCCUGCCUUUGGUACUUGCUGGCCCACCUCAACGGAGACCUGGCAGUGCAGGAUCACGAUGCCCCCCCACAGGGGCAUGUGGUUUGUGUGAAGCACAUAACCAGCUUCACAGCUGCCUUUUCCUUCUCCCUGGAGACACAGCUGACCAUCGGCUACGGCACCAUGUUCCCCAGUGGGGACUGUCCCAGUGCCAUAGCCCUGCUGGCUGUGCAGAUGUUGCUGGGGCUAAUGCUGGAAGCAUUCAUCACAGGUGCAUUUGUAGCCAAGAUAGCGCGUCCCCAGAAGCGAGCAGGAGCCAUCCAGUUCAGCCCCCAGGCGGUGGUGGGUCAACACCAGGGUCAGACAUGCCUCAUGCUGCGAGCCACUAACCUGCUGCAGCGCCCACUGGUGGAUGUAAAAGUGAGCGCUGUGCUCUACGAGGAGCAUGAAGGUCAGGCCCUGCACCAGACCUCUCUGGACUUCCACUUGGAUCACCUAGGCCAGCAGCCCUGCCCCUUCUUCAUCUUCCCACUCACCUUUUACCACCCCCUGGACCGCCAAAGCCCCCUGUAUCCCGCCCUGUGUGAGGGCACGUCCAACCACUUUGAGUUGGUGGUCUUCCUGUCAGCCUUGCAGGAGGGAACUGGUGACUCCUGCCAGAAGAGGACCUCCUACCUGCGCCAAGAAAUACAGUUUGACCGUCGCUUUGUCCCCGCCUUGGGGCUGGAUGCUCGGGGUAGAUACAUGGUGAGCACCCAGCACUUCGACACGGCCCAUUCAAAGGAGCCUUUGAACAAGGACUGUGUGGUGCAGAUCAACGGUGAUGGCAGCGACAGGAUGGAGUAAAAAUGCUGAGGAGGACGUCUCACAGGGACAGAGGGGAGUUUCUGACGGAUAACUGAGGAGGGGAACAAAGGGGGUAGAUAUUUUUGUCGGGAGGUACUUGGUUCAAUUUGGUUAAUCUAAAUUUAUGUCUAAACAUUUUCAAAUUAAAAUGUAUAUCAUAUUUACCACCCAAUAUAUUCAUAUAUAUUUUGUUGGUUUGAAUGCCUGGCCAC